ACUCAAAUUGCGACGACGCAACAUGACAAGUGAGAAAUUGGACAAUAGCGGCAACGGUAGCCUAAAAGUGCCUGGCUUCAACAACAUUCCCAUUUACCACGAGCUAGAGCUCCAAAAGCGAUUCACCAACGGCAUUUGUGAAUGGGAACAAAAGUCCCGCUUGACGGCGCGAGAAAUCGCCAUGCUACGACUUAUGGAGAACAUCACGGAGAGUGAGCAUUGGCAGACGUCUCUUUUCGAUGACACAAUCUUAGACAACUGGCGCCCUGAGGCAUUGUCUUCCGGUUUCCUCAUGAGUCCCAUGGCAUGGGAAUGGUGCGUUUCCGAACUUCGCGACAAAGCCAAGCUUUUCCACCAAACUGGCCGAAUAAUUGUUCUCAAUGCCGGAUCUGCAGUUUGCAAGUCAGAUUCUGUCUUGGAGCCCGGACUGCAGAAGGAGCUGCAGCAAUCAAUGUCUGCGUCAUAUUUGCUGUCGACGGACUCGGACCCAGUGAAGGCACAGGUGCGGCACCGAAUCGACCCGUCUUUAUACGCUCUGGUCUAUGGUCGGUCGCACGUUCUCACGGACGGCGGACGAGUGGAAAUGGAAAAUCUAUGGGAGUCGUGGCCCAAAUGUCGCGUGGCUCCAGCUCCUAUCUAUCCCUCCGUGAGAAACAGAAACCGAGAGAUCCCUCAUGGAGGGGCAUACUGGAGGGUACAAUGCUGGUCUAAUCGGUUUCAAUGGCUCCCUUGUGAAGUUGAAUUUUGCAAAAGUACGGGCACAGAUGUGCGGAUCACAUCUUAUAUAAACAAUCUGCACCCUCAGAACGUCUCUGCGUACGCCGCGGUUGAAAAGCUCAUAUCAGCAGCAAUUGGUGCUUGGAACGACAUUCUUGUUGUGGGCGGGCAAGGCAGAUGGCCAAUGCGGCUCAGAACUUUUGAUUUCGAGGAAGAGAACGAUGAGCAACCCGACUGGCACAAGGAAAUUCAUGCCUAUACGGGACGUUUUCCGACGAAGGAAAAACAGCAAGAAUUAUGCGCAAAAGCCAAGGAGUAUCUGGCUCUUCCGGAAUAUGACCCCGAAUGUUGUGUCUGGUUAGAUGAAACCGGGAACCAAUCGGAUUUACUAGCAGAGAUGACUCCUGAAAAAUGGGAGGAUACCCUCGCCUUAGCAGAUGUCCUGCUGAAUAAGUACGGUCGACUCAAUUAUUUCCAUUACCCCGAUCCCGGGAUCUCUUUUUCCUACGAGGACUGGAAAACAGGAAACAACACCGGUAAAGCCGUCAUGGAUAAGGUCAACCUCUUCGAUCCAGAAUACCCACUACCUCCGGAUCCAGAUCAUCAGUACUAUGCAGUGGCGCUUGAGGAUCAGUUUCGCAAAGCGGGAUUGCAGGUCAUUGUCAGAGAAUCAAGCAUAGAACUCACACCCGAACAUCCAGAUUACGCUGGAGAUGACGAUUAUCGCAUUGAGGGGACACUCAACGAGCAUAUCGUCGCAGCGACCAGUUUCUAUUAUGACGUUGAGAAUGUAACCGAAGCACGAAUCAGUUUCCAACAAGAAGCUCCCAUGGAGGAACUCGAGUAUAACUUUGACAAAUACGUAAUCAUCGAGAAGGUCUGGGAUUUCCCAGGUAUGCGAUUAUUUGACAAGGACAAAUCGCCCGCAGCUCUUCAGGUCAUGGGAUCCGUCACCACGGCACAAGGACGGCUCCUUUCUUGGCCAAACACGUUACAAUACAGGAGAGAACCAUUUUCAAUCCGAGAUCGCUCCCGUCAUGGACACCAACGAGCCAUUACCAUUCUACUCGUGGACCCUAAUUACCGUAUUUGCUCGACCAGGAAUGUUCCCUCGCAGCAACUCGAAUGGUGGGCUGAAGCCGCUGUUCAGAGCGCAUGCCUGUAUCAAAAAUUACCAGCUGAGCUUGUUAGGAUGGUGAAAGACGAACUUGAAGGAUGGCCGAUGAGUCAAGAUGAGGCCGAGACGUACAAGAGGGAAUCCAAUGCUGAAAGAAGUUCGGUCAUGGAAAAUGUGUAUAAUGGAAUAGAAUCCUAUAAAUUCAUCGAAAGGUCACAUGAAUUAGCGGAUUAUAAUGAGUAAAGGUGAGGCUCAGGUACACAGGCAGACAUCCAAGGCUGAAAAAGGUGCGCUCAUGAAACAUGCUCGGCGAAGUACGAACCUACACAUUUAUCGACACGUCA